CAUAAACGAGUCCAGAAUAUUGUUCUCGGCCUCUUGAAAAAUGUGAAGUUUUUAUUAAUUUUAUAGUUGAUGAUAAUUGCCCAUAUUUAAAAGCUCAGCAUCAUCUCUUGUCAUCUCUUACAAAGACUCCUCUAAAUAUUCUUACACCAGAGGAUUGCCUAGUACACACUUUCUCCACCCUCUAUAUACCAAAUUAUAUUUUAUAUAUUCUCCCUCAGCUUUUUGAAUUUCUUCUUUUGAUUUAGUUACAAACUAGUGGAAUAAAAAAUAAAAAAGAGAUAUACAUUGCAGAGAGAUAGAUAGAGGGUGGUGAAAACCUCCUCUGUUCUGUAAAUGCAUUUUCAUAGAUCUUAGAUUCUUUCUGCAUCUGGGUUGCCUUUUGAUGGUUGGUCUUGUAUUGAAUUCUUUUUUUCGGAUUUUAAUCUGCUCAUAAUUUGCAUUGAUUCUUUGCUUAUUGUGUGAAUUGUGUAUCUGAUCUACAUGAAUUUGGAUGGUUCAGAUUGUGUGAUUGAGUUGUGGUUGAUUUUAGUAUGAUCCAGAUUUUCGAGAUUUUAUUUUGAGGGAAUUUCACCAAGUAUCUGAUUCUGAUCAGUGUUAGUACUUAAUUUUCAGGAUAAGAUGGAAUCGGAUCUCGGGAAGCUAUUUAUCGGUGGGAUUUCCUGGGAUACUGAUGAAGAUCGGCUUAGGAGUUAUUUUGGAGCGUAUGGAGAAGUGGUGGAGGCGGUGAUCAUGAGAGACCGCACCACUGGUCGUGCUCGGGGUUUUGGUUUUAUUGUCUUUGCUGAUCCCGCGGUUGCAGAGAGAGUGGUUAUGGAGAAGCAUAUGAUAGACGGUCGACCUGUGGAGGCAAAGAAAGCGGUUCCCAGAGAUGAUCAUCACAUAACAAGUAAAAAUAGUAAUAGUAAUCAAGGAUCACCUGGUCCUGGCCGCACUAAAAAGAUUUUUGUUGGUGGUUUAGCAUCUACAGUCACGGAAAAUGACUUUAAGUUGUACUUUGAUCAAUUUGGUACAAUUACGGAUGUUGUAGUGAUGUAUGACCACAACACACAAAGGCCCAGGGGUUUUGGAUUCAUAACGUAUGAUCAAGAGGAAGCCGUGGAUAGGGUGUUACAGAGAACCUUCCAUGAGCUAAAUGGUAAAAUGGUUGAGGUUAAGCGGGCAGUUCCAAAAGAGCUUUCUCCAGGUCCGACUCGCAGCCCUGUGGUUGGAUACAAUUAUGGUCUUGGCAGAACCAACAACUUUCUCAAUAGCUAUGCUCAGGGAUAUGACCUGAGCCCGAUUGGAGGCUAUGGAGUCAGGAUGGAUGGGAGACUUAGUCAGGUUCUUAGUGGUCGGUCUGGAUUCUCCCCAUUCAGUUCCCUUCCAUAUGGUAUGAAUAUGGGUCUCGAACCAGGGUUGAGUCCAAGCUUUGGAGGAAACUCCAGCUUUAGUGACAACCUUGGCUAUGAACGCAUUCUAGGUUUAAAUUAUGGAGGGAACCUAAAUAGGUAUAAUACUCCCAUUGGAUAUAAUGUGGGAAAUGGUAGAAGUGAAUCUUUUCUAAACUCACCAGCUCGAAAUGUAUGGGGUGGAAAUGUUGACCUUAAUAGUUCUGCAAACAUUAAUCCUGCUGGUACAUUCUUCGGGUCUGGAAAUGGGAGUCUUGGAGUCAUUGGAAAUAGUUCGGCUAAUUAUGGUUCCUCUCCUGUUUCUGCUCAAGUUGUAGGGAGUGCUUCUGGGUACAACAGUAGGAACAUAGAUCAUGGAGGCGGAGAAAACAAUUAUAGGUUGGGAGCUACAGGGAUCGGAAGAAACAUUGGACCAGGUAGAGCUGCAAUUUCACCUUUUGUUGCAUCAACUGGUGAUUAUGAACGGUCACAUGGAGACUUAUACAGUGCCAAUUCAAGGUUUGUAGAUGCACCAUGGCAGUCCACAUCUGCGGAGGUUGAUGAUUCCAGUUCAUUUCGUUAUGGACUGGGCACUGCAGCAGAAUCCACAGUGAUAAGCUCUGAGGGAUUUGUUGGGUCUUAUAGUAUUGCAGAUAGACAAGCCAGUAGAGGUAUUGCUGCAUAGACAAUUUCAUUACUUGUAUAUGAGAGGUUAUAUCUAGCAACAAAGCAUGAGGACAAGUGAGAAGACGACUCUUAGAUCCCAAAUUCCCUGUAUUUCCCCUAAUAAACACAUAUAUCGGCUUAUAUAGAACUUCAUCACCCGAAGGCUAAAGUUAGUAAUGGUCCAUAAAACGGAACUAGAAGCAUACAUAUUGCAGAGAGCAGUUGCCAGUAGUUUGUGGAAGUUUGCGGUUUUUCUCUCUCUAUAUUAACGAGUUUUCUAUCCUUGGAGAUCGUGGAAUAUACUCAGAAGUGAUCCAUUCGAGCUAGUGUUGUGCAUUUCUUCGGCAAGAGCCAGUACCACUUGUACUGCAUCAAGAGUAGAGUAGAUCACAUAUGUUUCUAAGUUGGCCUUUUUAAUGUCUGUUAAGGCUGUUUGUUAGGCUUUGAUUUUCUCAGGCUGUGAGAGUUUGUAUUUGAGUUUGCUGCAUACUAGUGUAAAUUAGUGAAGGGAUAUAAUCCCAUUAAUAACUUGCUAAAUAUUUUGUUAGAUUUCUGUUAAAGGAGAUACUUUCGACAUUUUCAUAUA